GAUUUGCUGACCAACAUAAGUGAAAGCCUCCCGUGACCAAAGCUUACCGAAACAGCGCAGCAAAGGUAACCUUGUAUUUUCCAGUACAUGUCUGCCACUCGUGUUUUCAUACCAUUGUUUAUAUCCGACGAUUUCGGUGCCCUGACCGAAACAGCGCAAGAAUAAUAAUAAUAAUAAAAGCGUCCUGUCACUGUCAGCCCCGUGUUCGAUCCUGUAAACUUCCUGUUUUCCGGGACUUCUCCGCCACGCGUGUUUUCAAUAUUGUACAUGUUUCUAUUAUAAGAUUUCAAGUGGCAAGCAAAUGGGGCUGUCCUUCCCUGCGCUUGCGACCCUCGCGCUCGCGCUCGCGCUCGGAUACAGUCGACACAGCGUGACGCAUAUUGCUCGCACCCCACAAACCAAGCUUGAGACCGUCUGGGACUCGCCGGACCAUACUGGCACAAGCUACACGGUUCUGGAGCGGAGCGCGGACACUGGAGGGGCGUACUGGACGGUCGAAAUUCGCGUCGAGGCCACAGCGAAGGGCUUUUUCCCGCUAUGGCCCGGGUCGCCGCCUCUCCAUGCGCAUGACGAGCAGGCCGAGACGUUCACGGUGUUGUCGGGUGUGAUGGGCGCGGUGGUGGCGGGACAGCAGUCGGAGCUGCACGUGGGGCAGAGCGUCACCAUACCUGCAGGCGUCAUCCACACGUUCUGGAACGCGGCGGGGCAGGGGCCACAGCGGCCGGCCCUGGUGGUGAACUGCACGCUGAGCCCGGGCUCGGUGGCUACCGAAGCGUUCUUUGAGAACCUGGCGGGCGUGUCAAACCUGUACGGCGGCAUGGACCGAAUCAACCCGCUGCAGAUGCUGCUGCUAUUCGUCCAUUACAAGCUCACGCCCACCUUCAUCCCUCGGCCGGUGUGGGGCGUCAUCAAGGUACUGGAGCCGCCGCUGGCCCGGGCGCUGGGCUUCAGAGCUGCGUACCCGGAGUACCGGACCCUAGGGCGUGUGCGGGCAGAGUAGACACAUAGACAUAGCAUCGUGCAUGGUGCACGGCGUGGCGAGUGGCACGUGAGGGAGCCGGGCGCGUGUGAGCCCGAGCUAGGCUCACAUGGCUUGAUGCGUGGAAUUCAUGGGGAACCACGGGUGACCCUGUAGGAAUCCCUGAUGGCCAGCGAGGACCUAGGCACGCACGCAACAUGGGGGCUGUGGGCUAGCUGAGUUGCCAAGUUGCUUUUCAGCUGUGUGAUGUGGUUGUAUUUGAAGGCUUGGCUAUUUGGCAUUUUGGCAUUUUGGCUAGACGCCAGGGUUACUGGUCCUGGCAAGGACGCAAGGGCCGCCGAGGGGGCUGGAACUUCGUCAGGGGCAAAAUGGGCGAUGGGGCACACCCAGGUGUGGCAAGGCACCAACGUCACACUGGUGGUAUACGCUUGGGCACCUACCCCUGAGCUUGACGACGCCUUAGUUUACCUGGGGGAACGGGCACACCGGAUGGAGCAUCUUUACUCUUAAGGCAUCGUGCGCAUUCAUUUCUGUAAUACAUUGAGACC